AAAAACUGGCAACAGGCAGCUCGCGUUUGGCGUUUCCUGUUUCACUGGUCUUUGAACUUGUUCGCCAUUUUGACGCAGCGCUGGGUGGUCGACACGUUGCUUCGAAGCGCGAAAAGAGUAAUAAUACAACAUCUGGAUAAAUUAUUAGUAGGCAAUGAGUGGGUCUGGGUCUCGUGUCUUCAUUGGCCGCUUGAGCCCUCAUGCCAGAGAAAGAGAUGUGGAGAAGUUUUUCAGGGGAUAUGGACGAAUCCGGGAAAUCAAUUUGAAGAAUGGAUUUGGCUUUGUGGAAUUUGAUGAUUACAGAGAUGCUGAUGAUGCUGUUUAUGAAUUGAAUGGCAAAGAAUUGUGCAAUGAAAGAGUCACCAUUGAGCAUGCUAGAUCCAGAAAAGGGAGAAAUUCUGGUCCUGGAAUGGGACGUUUUAACAGCUAUCGUUCUCCUCGCAGCAGUGGGUCCAGGUAUGGCCCUCCUGUGCGGACUGACCAUAGACUCAUUGUAGAGAACCUCUCUUCACGCAUUAGCUGGCAGGAUCUGAAGGACAUGAUGAGAAAAGCAGGUGAAGUUACUUUUGUGGAUGCUCACAGACCCACCAAAAAUGAAGGGGUGGUUGAGUUUGCUUCUCGCAGUGAUAUGAAGAAUGCCAUUGCAAAGUUUGAUGGAACAGAGCUGAAUGGCCGCAAGCUAAAGAUCUUUGAGGAUGGCAGAGGCCGGAGCAAGAGCCGCUCACGGUCCCGCAGCUAUUCCCGCUCAAAGAGCCGUUCUGGGAGUCGCAACCGUUCCAGGAGUCGUUCCAGAUCUGCCAGUCGUACUCCAGAAAAGAAGACGUCAGGUGGGGGCAAGAGCACAAACAGAUCUCCGUCCCGGUCCAAGUCCCGCUCCAAGUCCCGAUCAAAGUCCCGCUCCAAGUCACGAUCAAAGUCUCGCUCCAAGUCCCGCUCAAAGACCCACUCCAAGUCUCACUCCAAGUCCCGAUCAAAGUCCCGGUCCAAGUCCCGCUCACGUUCACCUGUUCCUGCUGAAAACAAACGGUCCCCUUCUCGAUCCCGCUCUCGUUCCCGCUCUGCCUCAGGAGAUAGCAAACACUAAGAUUUGUCCAGCUGUGGGUCAUGAUAGACUGAUAAUGCACACCAUAAGCCCAUAUGGUACCAUGUGAUUAUUAAUUUUUUCUUUUUUUAAUGGCAGUAAAUUACAUUUACAUGGCUUUCUUUGGUUUAAAAUUGGUGAGAAAUUUGCCACCCACAGUGGAUGUGCUUCCUUGGAAACGUUAUCUUGGGUUUCCUGUUAAAAUUAUUGCUUUUCCUUCUUGAGGAAGCAUUUUAUCUCCUGGAUAAAAGAUCAGUGGCGCAGUGAUGACAGCUUACAAGCUGUCUGCUGCUUGCGUGUUUCUGCUUAAAUAUGCAAAGCAAUUCAUUGUGGUUUCUUAAAAAUUUGACCUGUGAAACUGACAUUUUUAGUUUUUUGUAAUUAAGAUCUUGAUAUGGUUGCUUUUUAUUCCUGGGUUGUAGUUCGUUGGUGGUCCAAAUGCAAGCAAGCUGUUGUAUGUCUUUCAGCUGAACAAAAUGUUUAAAAACUGGUAUAGCUGAAUAAAACUUAAAUUUGUCAAGCUGCUUCUGUUCUGCAGUAAUUGUAAGCAAAUAAGAUUUAAAAAUUUA